AUGGACGGACCUCCAUCUCCUACUCGAGCACCUCCAAGCUAUGGUGAUGGCCCUCCUUCGUACGUUAACACUCCCCCGACAGAAGACGAUAGCAUGGGUUUGCACGGGAACAACUCGUCCCUGAGACUGCUCCCGCAGGGCCCGGACGAAUACAGAUCGUAUGUGAAAGCUCCCAAUUCACCCAAGCAAGUCAAUGAGAGUUCCUCGCCGAAGCGCAAGCCUGUCCCUGGCCCAAAGGUGUCGCAUGUAACCUGGAACGACUCUCCCACAGAGUCUGCCGCCCGAGGCUCGAGAGUGUCAUCCCCGGUGUCUUCGUUGAUUGCAGAGGCAGAGGAAAGCCUCAACCGCAGUCGGGAGACGUUGACUUUCGUCGGCCGCGCCCCUACCCUGAAAGCCACUGUCACCCUGAGAAAGAGCCCAAAGACUGACCAAAGCCAUUCAUACAGAGUACCUUCGUUGAAUCGAGCGUCCCCUGAUCGAUACCAUAGACCAGCAGCUUCAACUUACAGCUCCCGUCCCGGGUCGAGCCUUGGCCGAGCUCCCUCGAUACCCCCGUCUACCGCGAGACCCCUCUCUCCCAUCAGACCCUCUACCCCUUCUCGCAUAUCGACAGACUGGACUAGACCUCCCGCGUCAAAUGUGGUAUACGAACCUCCAGAUAUCAACGGUAGUCCUCGUCCCGGGACGCCCUCUUCACAAUAUGGCGGAAGUCCAAGGAGGCCUCUGCCCCCUGCACCCCUCUUUUCGGCAAAGGGCGAUGUUGCUGAAACCAGAAUCCCCAUCCAUGAGCCGGACUCAGAGAAUGAUGUGUUUGUCGACGGCUAUUCAGUCGUCCCAGAUAAUGACCCGAGGGCAAGUUUGAAGUCCGCGCACUCAUACAUGACCGACUCGACCUUUACGGAAGACGACGACAUUACCAACGAGAAGUUCAAUCAUUAUGGGCCAGCACCAGAAGGAAGGCAAGACCGGCGAGGUCUGAGAGACGCACAGAAGACGACGAAGGAGGUCAGGUUGAUCAAUGGGGAGCUAAUUCUCGAAUGCAAAAUCCCUACAAUCCUCCACAGCUUCUUGCCUCGGAGAGACGAACGUGAGUUCACCCAUAUGCGAUACACAGCAGUUACCUGUGACCCAGACGACUUUGUGAUGAAAGGUUACAAGCUGCGUCAAAACAUUGGGCCGACAAUGAGAGAGACCGAACUUUUCAUUUGCGUCACAAUGUACAAUGAGGGCGAAAUCGAAUUCACCAGGACCAUGCACGGCGUCAUGAGAAAUAUAGCACAUUUCUGCUCGAGAACAAAGUCUCGGACAUGGGGCAAAGACGGCUGGCAGAAAAUCGUCGUCUGUGUUAUUGCCGACGGGAGGCAGAAGGUCCACCCACGGACGCUGAACGCCCUGGCGGCCAUGGGUGUGUAUCAAGAUGGCAUAGCCAAGAACGUCGUCAACCAGAAAGAGGUGACAGCCCAUGUCUAUGAGUACACCACUCAGGUCUCGCUGGACGAGACGCUGAAGUUCAAGGGAGCGGAGAAAGGGAUUGUCCCUUGCCAGAUGAUCUUCUGCCUGAAGGAGAAAAACAAAAAGAAGCUAAACUCCCAUCGAUGGUUCUUCAACGCUUUCGGACGCGCCCUGAUACCGAACGUGUGUAUCCUUCUGGAUGUGGGCACGAAGCCAGACUCCAAGGCCCUGUACCAUCUCUGGAAAGCAUUCGACCAAGACUCCAACGUUGCUGGAGCUGCCGGAGAAAUCAAAGCCGACAAAGGGAAAGGAUGGAUGGGCCUCCUCAACCCGCUGGUGGCCUCGCAAAAUUUCGAGUACAAGAUGAGCAAUAUCCUAGACAAACCACUCGAGUCAGUAUUUGGAUAUAUCACCGUCCUUCCCGGCGCACUUUCGGCAUACCGCUAUCAUGCCCUGCAAAAUGACCCCAGCGGCCACGGUCCUCUCAGCCAGUACUUUAAGGGAGAAACACUGCAUGGCCGUGACGCCGACGUUUUCACUGCCAACAUGUAUCUCGCCGAAGAUCGAAUUCUUUGCUGGGAACUUGUUGCAAAACGUGGGGAACAAUGGGUGCUGAAGUUCGUCAAGAGCGCUUAUGGCGAGACUGACGUACCAGAUGCUGUGCCGGAGUUUAUUUCUCAACGACGACGCUGGCUCAACGGUGCUUUCUUUGCCGCCGUCUACUCCCUCGUUCACUUCAAGCAGAUUUGGCGGACCGACCACAGCCUGACUCGAAAGAUUCUGUUGCAUAUCGAAUUCGUGUAUCAAUUCGUCUCACUGCUCUUCACCUUUUUUUCACUGGCCAACUUCUACCUCACCUUUUACUUCGUCGCCGGGUCGUUGGCAGAUCCUAAAAUCGAUCCAUUUGGGCACCACAUUGGGAAGUACAUCUUCGUCGUCCUGCGCUAUGUCUGCGUGCUCUUGAUCUGUCUGCAGUUCAUUCUCAGCUUGGGCAAUCGGCCGCAGGGUGCAAAGAAACUAUUUCUGGGUACCAUGAUCACUUAUUCAAUCAUCAUGGCAUACACGACUUUUGCCUCUCUCUAUAUUGUUAUCAAACAGCUCACGACCCAUGCCUUGGAAAACACAGACCCGGAACACGCUUACAAGCUUGGAAACAACAUUUUCACGAACCUCAUUGUCAGCACAAUCAGCACAGUGGGGCUGUAUUUCCUCAUGUCAUUCUUGUAUCUGGACCCGUGGCACAUGUUUACCAGCUCGGCACAGUACUUCGCCCUUCUGCCAUCAUACAUCUGCACUUUGCAGGUGUACGCAUUCUGCAACACACAUGAUGUCACCUGGGGAACAAAGGGCGACAAUGUCCUGCAUACUGACCUGGGUGCUGCCAGAGCCAUUGGAUCCGGCAACACGGUCGAGGUCGAGAUGCCCUCGGAACAGCUCGACAUCGACUCUGCGUAUGAUGUCGCACUGCGCAAUCUACGUGACCGGGUCGAGGUGGCGAAACCACCCGUCAGCGAAAGUCAGCUCCAGGAAGAUUACUACAAGUCGGUGCGAACGUACGUGGUGGCCUUCUACAUGGUCUGCAACGCCAUCCUAGCCAUGGCGGUUUCCGAGGCAUACCCGGUGGGUAGCCAUCUCGGAAGCAAUUUCUAUCUGACCUUCCUCCUGUGGUCGGUGGCGGCGGUGGCGCUGUUCCGGGCCAUUGGAUCCUCUGCGUUUGGAAUCAUCAACAUUGUGUCUGCCAUUGCCGAAGGAAGAAUACAAGCCAAGUUUGAGAGGAUCUUUGGCGGCGGAGACGAGAAAGGCCGCCACCGAUCUGGCUUGGGAAGCGGGUUCAGUGAAUCCGGGAAGACAGGAAUUACCAGUGGGACUGGCAUGAGUGGGAUGAGCUUGAGCGAUGUCACGAGUAAGAUCAGCGAGAAGUUCAGUUGGGUUAGUGGGAAGUAA